AUUACGGGACAGAGAGGGCCAUUCUGCUGUGGACGACGACUAGAAGAUCGAAAACACAACAAAAAGCCGCUUUGCUUGGAUCUUCACAUUCCUGCAGAGGAGGCCGUGCAUCGGUUCAUAUCUAAGUUCGACGGAUCCUGAUUGUGGACCCGGUUGCUCUUCUUGUAUGUAUGGGCUCGGUAGGCGCAUCCCUCGGAUCCUGAUAGUACACAACGAGCAGCAUCUUAAUCGAUAUCUGUUUCCACAAUCCCUGCGCUGGAACAUUGAAGGAAACGUGAUAAAGGGGCAGCGGUGAAAACAGCGUGUUGAUCAUGGAUUAAUGACUGAGUGAAUUUUCAUCUGAGAGGUUCCCAAUGUUGAACAUGUCCACCCCCAGCGAGCUGAAGUCUGCCUGUGUGACUCGCAACGGAAUGGUGAAGUUGCCCAACGGUCAGCCCAACGGUCUGGGUAGUGCGAGUAUCACCAAAGGGACACCUGCUGCCAAAAACCGCCUGUGCCAGUCCUCAUCUGUACCCUCCAUCCUGCCUACACCAACAUCAUCCCUUCCCUACCACCACCACCACCUGGACGGCCCUGGCAUGCCCCACUCAGCAGCCUCUCUUUUGGGCACUGACAUGGAGCCUGGAAAGCCUCUGGUAGGCUUGAAGCCAUCCCUUCGCCAGCUUCCCCCUCUCACUCUACCCAAACCCAUGCUGCUGGAGCGCCAGCUUGUCCUGGAUGAGAAGUUGCUUAACCGACUGCUCUGGUAUUUUACCACAGGUGAAAAAUGUGUGCUGGCACAAGUAUGCAAGACAUGGCGAAAGGUGCUAUAUCAGCCUAAGUUCUGGGAGGGUGUGACACCUAUCUUGCAUGCCAAGGAGCUCUACACCCUACUGCCCAACGGGGAGAAGGAGUUUGUCAGUCUACAGGCUUUCGCCCUACGUGGUUUCCAGUCUUUCUGCUUAGUGGGCGUGUCAGACCUGGACAUUUGUGAGUUCAUCGAUAACUACCCACUGUCCAAGAAGGGUGUCCGCUCAGUCAGCCUCAAGAGGUCCACCAUUACAGAUGCCGGUUUGGAGGUCAUGUUGGAGCAAAUGCAAGGACUGAUACAUCUUGAACUGUCAGGCUGCAAUGACUUCACAGAGGCUGGCCUGUGGUCUAGUCUGAAUGCCCGUCUAACUUCCCUCAGUGUCAGUGACUGCAUCAAUGUGGCGGAUGACGCCAUUGCUGCUAUCUCACAGCUCCUACCCAACUUAUCAGAGUUGAGUCUGCAGGCUUACCACGUCACUGACACAGCCAUGGCCUACUUCACAGCCAAACAGGGCUACACCACCCACACUCUGCGGCUACACUCCUGUUGGGAGAUCACCAAUCACGGUGUGGUCAACAUGGUGCACAGCCUUCCAAACCUGACUGCCCUCAGCCUCUCUGGCUGCUCCAAGAUCACAGAUGAUGGUGUGGAGCUGGUUGCUGAGAACCUGCGUAAGCUCCGCAGCCUGGAUUUAUCCUGGUGCCCUCGGAUCACUGACAUGGCCCUGGAGUACAUUGCCUGUGACCUGCAUAAACUGGAAGAACUGGUGCUGGACAGGUGCGUGCGGAUUACAGACACUGGUUUAGGCUACUUAUCCACCAUGUCAUCAUUAAGGAGCCUCUAUUUGCGCUGGUGUUGUCAGGUGCAAGAUUUUGGACUGCAGCAUUUGUUUGGAAUGAGGAGUCUUCGUCUUCUGUCCCUUGCAGGCUGCCCCCUGCUGACCACCACCGGUCUGUCAGGCCUCAUCCAAUUGCAAGAACUGGAGGAGCUGGAGCUGACCAACUGUCCCGGAGCCACUGCAGAGCUCUUCAAAUACUAUUCGCAGCACCUGCCCCACUGCAUGGUCAUCGAGUAAGACCAAUGACAACUAACCAACCGGCUGACCAGCCGCCAUGCUUCAACCUUCCUCCUGUUUACUCUUUCACCUUUUUCCCCAAAUGCUAACCAGGAGACCGAACUGAUCCUAUAGUAAUUCCUCAUUACCUGUCCCCCUACCCCACGUCUUCCUCCACACCCAUUGAGAAGACUGACCCACAGGUGGACAGAGGUAGGAAGGCAGAUCAUGGUACAUGCCAGUCAACAGAGGAUGAUGGGAUGGUGUUUGAGCUUCAUUUAAGAAGAUAAUGGCGUGAAGAGCUUGGUGUGACGUCUUGUCUGACAAGUUUCUUUUUCAGGAUUUAUAACAGGUUUUUGUUUGCCGACAAGAGCUUCUCUACAGACAGAUUUUUUUCCCCAGCUGAAUGGAUACUGAAGGGAAUAACAUUCACAGAUAAAUAUGCAGUGUGAAGAAAUUUGAAAAAGAUAAAUAGACCUUUGUGUUUGAGCUGGAAUGGUGGAACUCACACAUGCGCCCAUACACAUAUUGUACAUGGUAAGUGAACAAAUGUAAGUCUUCAAGACAAUGAGUACUGAUAUUUUUAUUUCCAUCAGUCUGUGUAGUAAACUGCUGGUUUUCCUUUUCUCAGAGGGUAUCAUAGGUAGACUAUUCUUUUUGUAGAAUGCCCAUGUCAACUGGAGAGACAAGAGAGGACAAAAGAUGCAGUUCAGGACAUUUUUCUCUGUGUGUCAUGGACUCACAUCUUUUUGGGAUACCACCAUUUUUUCCAUUUUUAUUUCAUGUCUUAUAAGAAAUCAAAAAAGGAGAAUCUGAAACCCAACUGCUUUCAUUGUUCUUUGUGUUGAAAUUGCACGCAAUUUUUUUCUCUUGAUCCUCCUGUCUUAAUUUUUUGUAUACAUAUAUUUUAAUUUACAAAUCUGCAGGAGAAGCUGUCAUACAUUAUGGAUGUUUUCUUUAAAGGGUAAACGUGUUACUGAGGCAAAAUGAAGCGGUCAGUCAAAGUACUGUCAGACUUGGAGUUUCUGCUGAAGUUAAAAUGCUUUCUCUCAAACAAUGGAUAGAGAUUAAUAAUAAAUGCCAAACAAGGCAAAUGUGUGACUGAAACCCACAGUGAUAACUUCAUAACUUUUUUACAUUUUGCUCAAACUCAUUAUUUAUUUCCAUCUUUUAAAUGCAAAUAGAAGCAGAUCUGAAGCUGAAAAAUUCUUUUUGUGACCCUUCUGGCUCAGGUCAGGUAACCUCUAAGGUAAAUUAGGGAGGAUAGGGAAUCAGAAUCAGAAUCUAAUUAAAAUUGACAGGAGCCAAGGGUCCUUAUAAUGUAGCAGUUUUCAAGUAAUCUAGUUUGUGGGAAUUAUAAGAUUUUUCUUGCAAACCCAAAGUCAGAGAAACGUCAUGGUUAAUGGGCGAGAUCUGCCACAUGGCUACAGAAUGAGAGGGCAUGUGCAGUCACACGAUCAGAUGGGCAGUAAUCAAACCAACUUGUUAUUAUAAGUUGACAUUUAGAAUUAUUAUUCAAAUCUAAAUUGUAAUAAACAAUAGCUUAAUAGACUAUUUCAUAGAAAGACCAUAAGUUCUCAUACACAUCCAUAAACUGAGCUAAGCUAAGCUACAAUUCAACAUAUCUUUAUCUGAUAAAAAAAGUGUCUGAUUCUGGGUAAGAAAGAAAAACAACCAAAUAAUUAAUUUAAAAUGGAGAAAAAGGUUAUUGGUGUUGCAAAGGAACAUUUUAAAGUAGGUAGUUGUCUUUUCUCACCAUCAUCUGGUAUCUACAGAAGAGGAAAUGGAUAAACUUAGCAGUCAGCCACUGUGGCGCUUUCGUCUCUUAUUUAUCCUCGGAUGUGUUGACUGCCACCUGAAGGAUUGGAUCAGUGUCAGCUAGUAUCAGGUUGUGCCAAAAGCAUCCGCAGCAGCGCAGGGAAAGUGGCUGGUCGCCCCUAACUGAUUACUGACCGCACUAAAACGGACUGUUAUGUACGGACACAGCAGACCAUGCAUGUUUUUAGUAAGUCUGCAUUUCCGUUUUGAGGAGGCUAAUUCUAGAGGUUGAUCUGCAUCUCUUCAUUGUACAUACAUUUAUUUUAUUUAUUUAUUUAUUAUAUAUUUAUUUUAAUUAAUUUGUGUCUUAUGUGAUUCAUUUAUCAAAGUGACAUUUUUCAAAGGGUUAUAUUCUAUUGAACUUCACAUUUGAGCCUGAAUAAGCUAAUGCAUUGAUUGUUGGUUUUGUACUUUUAGUUUUCACAUUUUACAUGAUUUUCGAACAUUUUAGACCCCAUAGUGAAACAAUCUACAUCUUAGACAUUGAAAAUGCACUCUUUUAGACACCAGUGACCAUUAACAUCAUAAAUGCCUUUUAAGUCAUAAUGUGUAAGAGUAUAUUUUCCUCUGUGCAAGUGAGUGUCAAGUUCUUCGACACUGUUUCAUUAUUAAGAACAAGGAAACGAACAGUGGUGACAAAUUAUAAUUGCUAAAAUUUUUCAGAAUUUGGCAGCAAAACACAGAGUACAAUAUACAAAGAAGAAUUUGAAGAACUGACUGUCAUGGCUAAUAGUGUUUACAAUGUCUACUAACAUCUGUUUCGUGGCAUGGAAGACGAGGUUGUAUGGAAGCCUAUUACUGGCAAAACAGUCAGACAAAAACAAAUUGAAAAGUAUUAUCAAGCCAGCUAGCUUUAGCACUAGCUCAGUGCUCACUAGCUUUGGUUUGGGAGCGCUCACACCUUUAUUGGAACUUAAUGGUGACACUAAGCGACAACCUUAGGAUGGCAAGGUUAAAAUGUGCAGACAUGCAUUUAUAUGUUUUCAUUUUAAAAAAAACGAUUGACUUUACUUUUAAAGACCCUUUGUUCCACUGCAGCUUUUCACUCAUGGAAGGAAGUAACUGUUCAUUGUUUAUAAUUUAUAUUAAUUGGCUGCAGCUGAUAAAACAUAAGUUCAUGUUUAACAGAACAAGUACCUAAAACAUUCAGAAAGAUUUUUUAUAUUUACCUAAAUUAGUGUUUUUUAAUAACUGAAUGAAAUGGUUGUCAUUUAGCAAAGUUCACUGAAUCCUCUCUUAAUUUAAGGUGUAAUAUCAACAUGCAGAAACAUUGGCCACUACUUAAUCGUCCAUUCCAAACGUGCUCUGUACAAGCAAUUCUGCUCUUUCACUCUUAAACACUUGCUCACAAUUUGAUAACUGAUCUGACCAAUACAAUGUCUAUUGUGAUGUUAUAGUGUUUUAGCUUUUAUUGAACUUCCAAAAGGAUCAAAUGUAAGUUUACAUAUCAUGAACUGUGAAAUGCACAUUCCUGCAGUUCUCAAUCACAAACAACUAACACAAAACCUGUCUAUGGUACAAUAUAAUCUAAGAUACAUUUUUUAAAUAAAUAAUUCCUUUUAUUUAUAUUGCUGUCUACAGUUUUUGGUCUACAUCUGUCACCAUUUUGUUUAAAACUAUUGUACAGCACAACUUUAAGUAAGCAGUUAAAUAAAUACUGACAGUUUACUGAUAAUGUUGAAAUUGUCAGAAUCUGUGUGCCCUUCCAGUUUCAGUGUGUUUAUCCCACUGGUGCCUGUA